UACUUGUGCUAUCUUGGUUUCCAUGGUGAGACCACUGCAUUUUCUUUCCACAGUUCUAAAAAAAGAGAGAGAAUCAUUUCAGGAAAGGCACAUUGAUGUAAGGAAAAAGACAACACAGGAAGAAGUAAUAACAGUCCAAGAAGUGCUAUGGCUGUAAGCACAUUGAUUCAAGCCACCUUGAUGGGAAAGGACUUCCUUCAGUCCUCACACAUUCCAUUUUGGGGCGGUGACAGUUGCAAUGGCCUUGACGAGGCAUUUAAGACCACCUUCCAGACGGACUUCAACUCUCUUGCCACCCUUCCCAAGAGAUUCGCCAUCUCUCGCCCCAUCCCUGCCCAGGUCGAGCACAAAGACCUGCGUCGGAUCAAGGAGUAUCUGACCGAAGCGGUCAAGUCAUAUCCCCAUCACUCACAGAUCCCCCUCUGCCGCACACCUGCUUGGGCUAAGCUGUGCACUAACUUCCAGAUGCAUAAAGACCCCAGGCAGGUCAACUUCCUCACCACUCAGGCAGAGGGCUUCCAGCACCUGGCCUCAACCCACACCAAACCCAUCCGGCCAGUCAUGGCCAUUAAGAAGAAACAGCUGGAGGAGAAGCUUCCUGUGACCACUCAUAAAGCUUCAUUCACCCCAUACAAUGUGUCGCCCAUUGUCAAGGCCAAGGUCAAACACCUAGGGCGAGAACCCACCUUUAAAUGGGACAGGGAUGGCCAACAUUUUGACUCCCACCACAACAAUGUAUUCCAGGGACAAUGGCACAGCCCACCUCAACCUGUGGAGAAGCAAAUCCACUCAUCAGUGGCAAUGGGAGACCCACAGAAGAUUCUGGAAACUAAAACCACCCAGGAUGUGUCCUUUAGACACCCUGGCAAUCCUAGUCCAGUCAAUGUGAAGGAACGUUUGAAGGUCAAUCUUGGCGAUUUCUCUGAAAACAAAUGGACAUCUACAAUGGCUGACGCGUUUCGCGAGGCCAAGUCAGCCCCUGUUCUACUGAUGCAAAUGAACAAGACUCUCAGCUCAGUCCCCAGAGGGGACACUGAUCCUGGGCGCAACCGACUGAGGAUGAUGUCCACAACCAACAGCUUUUUCUUCUCUGAGCAGAACCACAGAGAGCGGCCGGUGCAUUUCAGUGGAGCCAACGUGAGGACCAGGAGCAAUGUGGAGUUCGGCAGACCCAUUCUGGGAGGCCUGUUCUACAGCACCGCAGCCCAGGAAGACUACCCCAAGAGGGACAUAAAUCGAGCUAGGCCGCAUACCCAUCCCUCUGGCCAUGUGCUGACUGGCCAAGAGAGGAACUACGACGUAAGCAACCAAGAACUCCUGGCGGUCAAGAUAGCGUUGGAAGAGUGGAGUUCCUCUGCCACACCCUCGGUCACCGAGAACCUUUUCCCUACCUCAUGCCUAGCAGCCACUGUGGAUUGGGGUAUUGAGACCCUGGUUCGCAAGGCACAACGCUCCCAGCCUGGACCUGAAGAGGGCCUGGCUAACUGGAUGUUUGUCCCUAACUCAGUCCGGUGUACCCUCGGCCCAGAUGUUUGUCCUCCAUUGUCGACGUACCUGGAGAAGAGCCAGGGCGGCUAUUCUCAAGAGCAACUCCAGGUAUUGUCGACAGGUGGACCGCCCAUCUCUUCCUCCCCCGGGUCAUCGAUGGCCAGACAGCAUAUACAGUGA